AUGAGGCCUCUAGCGCUAGUUCCGUUGGCUUGCGCCAUUGUUGGGUUCAUCGUCUCCAUGUUAUGCCUAUUUGCUGGCCACAAACCAGGCUUCAUGGAAGACUACCAUAUCAUCACUGUCAAUACCUCCAGUCUCGGUCAUAACAUCCUCCAAGACAAAGCAACCACCACAUCUGCAGCCCCAAAAUCGUCCCCAACAUCCGUUGGCUCCUUCAUCAGCGGCACCUUUCGCAAUAUAACCGACUCGGUCGAAGAUGAUAUUAACGGCCUCCUUAACGAUGCCGCAGAUAAGUUGGCGAAAAAGCUAGGAAUUAAGCAAUGGUACAGCCUGCAUUUGAUGGACUUGUGUGACGGAUCCUACACACCAAACGCCACAGCACAAGGCACAAACGCGAAUGUGAGCAGUUGCUCCAACCAAACCGCAAUGUACCGUUUUGACAUCACCACGCCGUUGAACCGCGCCCUCGAGAACGGGCCUCUCCACAUCAAUCUCACAACCCUCCAUUUCCCCACCGAAAUUCAAGACGGGCUUGACUCCCUCUCAAUGGCGCUCAACGCGACAUUCGUCUUCUACGCGAUUGGUAUCGCCGCGGCAGGCCUCGUGGUUAUCAUAUCUCUCAUCUCCUUCUUCGCAGGCUCCUCCAUCCUCUCAAUCUGUAACAUUGUGGUCUCCGUCCUUUCGUUUUUCGCCCUCCUGGUCGCCUCUAUAAUCAUUACCGUUUUGCAGGCCAAAGCCGUUAAACUACUGAACAAUCACGGCAAUGACGUGGGACUCUAUGCCUAUAAGGGUGGGAAGUAUCUGAUAUUGACGUGGGUGGCGACGGCAGCUAUGGCUGUUGCGAUGAUGGUGAGUGUGGGUGAGUUGGUUAUGGGGAAAAGGCAGCGACAGAGAGAGUUCUCAGAGAAGCCUCAAGGUAAAGGGUACUUUGGACGGAGAAAAAGGAGUGACGAGGCGGGGUUGAGGAAGAGUGGCGUCUAA